AAGAUACUUAUACAUCCUUCAGAUAUAAACAAUUAUUAAUAAUCAAAGCGCUAUUGUAAUUGAAGUAACGGCGCAAUUAAUUUACAAAGCGUGCCCAUCUUCGUAAUGCCGCGUGUGCAAUUUCCUGCGCUUUUAAAGAGAUUGCACAACAGUGGUGAAGUGGCUUGCCACAAAGAGCAACACGGAGUUCUUCUCGGGCUCGUCGGACGGCCGAGCUAUGUGGUGGGACACCAGGAAACUGCGACAGCCGACCGAGGUUCUUGUGUUCGAUCUCCAGACGCCGAACGAGCCGCAGAUGGAUCGGGCGAUCGGAGUUGCGUCGGCCGACUACGAACCUAGUGUGGGUACGAAGUUCAUGUUCGGUCUGGAAAACGGCGUCGUGAUCAGCGGCUCGAAAAAGGCGAGAACGCAGGCCGAAAAAAUGGCUCUAAGAUUCGACGCCCAUUACGGCCCGAUUCUUUCUGUCGAUCGCAGCGGCUUCAAUCCGAAGAUCUUCCUGACUAUAGGCGACUGCACAGCCCGCGUCUGGACGGAGGACACUAAGGAUGGUAGUCUUGUGUCGACGAGGUUUAUAGUCGAGAACCCCGCCUGCGGUUGCUGGAACAAAACGAGACACUCAAUAUUUUACGUAGCGACGCGUUCCGGCAUAUUGACCGUGUGGGAUCUUCUGGUGGGUCUACAGAACCCAAUACUGUCAAUGAAACUCUGCAAGCAGAAAUUAACUGCAAUUGCAGCACACGAGACGGGUAUUUUACUAGCCGUCGGAAAUUCCGCCGGCAACGUUUACCUCAUUGAAUCGACGGAGGCGCUAUAUUCAUUCGACAAAAAUGAAAAGAACGAUCUCACGUCGUACCUGGAAGAAUGCUCUCGUUUCGUGAAGGCAAUAGAUUCGCGGAUGAAAGAAAUAAAAUUAGCGAGAACUGCCGUAGAACAAAUGCCAGAGAUUACAUUGACAGAUGCGAAAGACAAAAAGAAGGAUAAACGGGCCAUAGUAAUUAAUCGCAAUAAACAAAAGAUGCAGCAGAAGCCAAAGGAUCAAAAACUCAGCAGAGUAUCCAGGAGAAAACUUAAAGACGAGUCUCCCGAACUUCAAGAAGCCGAGGACAAAUUUUUCGAUAUUGUCAAGAAGGAAAAACAAAAAUACGAGGAGGACGAAGAAUUACCUAUCUCACCUGUAAAACUAAUUCGAUCUAUGAAAAAACUCGCUACUCGAAAAAUCGAGAAAGAAUCCCCUUUGAUUACAGAAGAAGAAAAGAAAAUCGAGACAAAAAAGUUGCCCAAGAAAAUAUUGCCCGGUCGAAAGAGAACUGAAAUUGCCGAGAUUCCUACAACGGAAAUAGCGCAGGACGUUGAAGAAGAGAAGGCAGCGACGGAAGGACCCUUGUUGGUGGAAGCGAUCGUGGAAUCUCCUGUAGAGGAAAUUAGCAAGAGAAAACGCAGGAAGAUGGCACCAAAGAAGCGACUGAAGAAGCGACCGAAGAAGCGACUGAAGAAGCGCGCCACUUUCAGAUUGCCGAGACCGUGUAAAAUCGGUAUCUGCAAACCUGACAUCUGCUGCCGCAGGAUCGGAAAGUUAAAAAUUAGGUUUGCAGAUCGAGCGGUCAAAGAUCGCGGAAAAUGGAAAGAGGAAGCGAGAUUGAAGGACGACGUCGAGACAAGAACGUCAAUCGGAAGCGGGGACAAAAUGAGAUGGAGGAAAAAAAAGUCCUGGACGGAGCUACUGCGCGCUCAUAAGCGCGAAGAUCCCACCAGAAAGUGUAGUAAGAUAAAAGGAAUUCGUUUUCUCCAAGAGAUGAUGGCGCCGCCCGAGGAACUCGCCGUCAUGAUGGAAGACGUGAGGAGAGCUAAAAGGGAGAUCCGGGAAAUCAGCCGAGCAAAAACGAAAACAAGGGAGCUCGCCAAGAAAGCUUUGAAAAGCGGAGCUGCGGAAGAAUCUCGAGGCGCUCCAAGGGGAUCGGAAAAAGACGAAGGGAAUCUCGCCAAGGAGGUCGCGAGUACGACGAAGAGGAUUCACGCGGCGCGGCGAGGAAGAAAGGUGAGUCGUAUGGUCGUCACGACGGAUCCUUGCGCUCCAGUCUGGGCGCCACCCUCGCUUACGAAGGAUCUGCAGACACUUCUCGGAGGUCUCCUGCUGGAAAAAUCGAUCGAAGAAACGAGCACGGCUCGCUCGGAGGAAACCAAGGCCGCUCGCGAAGGAGUUUAUCCGCGGAUUUCCGACUUCCACCCCAUCGAGUGAUGUUGUAUUACUCUAAGCAUUUCUAUUUUUCAAUAUCAAUACGCCAGUUU